AACAUGGACUAGGUCAAUUAAUGUAUUAUUUUGAGGAAUUUUGUCUACUGCACUGCACCAAUCUAUACUUCUAAAAUGGCCAGUAUCCUUGCUGCUGUUUUCCCCUGCAUUUCUAUUGCUCCACCUGAUGUUCAAAAUGGCAGCUGGGGCCGCAGUCUAGUUCUACCGCUGUUUUCGAUUUUCAACAGUGCGUAAUAAAAUGCCGCGUUCAAAAAACCUCGGAAAUCUCCGACUUCCGUGCGGUCAAGACAACUGACGUCGCGGAGAAAAAACAAGCACUGACUAAAAAUAAUCGUUUCGAACGAUAAUCCAACUCGGGAUUUCGAAGGUCGGAAACGCGAGCAUCUUUCUAGAGCUCCGACCUGAACACUACUGACGUCAUGAUUUGACCUCGUUUUUUUUCAGUUGUAUUGAAAGCACUAAAAGGAAGUCCUCAUAUGUCGUCAUUUCGCCGUGUAUAGAAAAAAAUCGGAAGAAAACAAGCUCGUUCCAAACCGGCUUUUUUAUUUGGUGUUUCAUUAUUUUUUUCGGUUGCCGGUGAAAGUAGGCGGAGAUGAGGGGACUCCUGCCGUUUUACCGAGCUCUGAACGCCCUGUGUAACCGACAAGUCAGGCGAAGAGCUGGAUUUGCCGGUUCUGAGUGCGGGUUUAGCGGAAUCGUGUCUAUUAGCAAGCCACAGCCAUGCUUUGGCCUGCUGUUUGACAUCGAUGGCGUGCUUGUCCGGGGAAAGAUACCCAUCCCUGCUGCAAAAAAGGCCUUCCAAAAACUGGUCAACUCCCAGGGACAAUUUGUGGUACCAGUUGUUUUUGUCACCAACGCAGGGAAUUGUAUGCGGCAGAUGAAAGCAGACCAGCUCUCGCACAUCCUGGGAGUGCCUAUCACCAUGGACCAGGUGAUGAUGUCACACAGUCCACUGAGGAUGUUCAAGAAAUACCAUGACAAGUGUGUUCUGGUGUCAGGACAAGGGCCCGUCCUGGAUAUUGCCAAAAACUUGGGCUUCCAGAAUGUGGUCAGUAUCGACAUGUUGAGAGAAUCCUUUCCUCUGCUGGACAUGGUGGACCACAACAGACGGCCCAAACUGCCGUCCAGUCCUAUUGCCAACCUUCCCACAGUAGAAGCUGUUAUUCUGUUUGGGGAGCCCAUCCGAUGGGAGACCAACCUCCAGCUGAUAAUUGAUAUCCUUCUGACCAAUGGGAACCUGAGCGGAGCCCAUCAGACCCAAAAGCUUCCCCAUCUCCCCCUGCUGGCCUGCAACAUGGAUCUCAUGUGGAUGGCUGAGGCCCAGUCUCCACGGUUUGGUCAUGGGACAUUCCUGGUGUGCCUGGAGAACAUCUACAAGAAGAUAACAGGUAAAGAGGUGAAGUACAAAGCUCUGAUGGGGAAGCCCAGUGAACUGACCUACCACUUUGCUGAGUACCUCAUCAGAGGCCAGGCUGUGGAGAGAAACUGGACACAGCCCAUCACCUCCCUCUAUGCUAUUGGGGAUAACCUGAUGACUGACAUCUAUGGGGCCAACCUCUACAGUUGUUACCUGAAGGAGAGGAACAGGAGGAAGAACUCCAAAGCUGUUGCCAAGAUGGCCACUGGCACUGGCUCUAAUGCACCCCUUCCCCAGGACAAUGACCACGUAGAGAACGCCUGGGAGAGCGAGCUGGCACCCCCCUCCGCCACCUCCUGCAAGUCCAUCCUGGUGUGUACUGGGGUGUACAACCCCCACACGGAGGUGCCCACUUAUGCCAACAAGUGCAUCAAGGAGACUGUGUUUCACGGGCAUCGCGACUUCCGCUUUGACCCGGCAUUGAUAGAGCCCGGGCACAUCGUGCAGGACGUGGCUGACGCCGUGGAGCUUAUCUUUGAGCAGGAGAAGUUUGUGCCUCAGUAAUGUUUUCAAAUUGGUGUCGUCAUGGAGACCUCCUUAGUAGAGGUCUCAGGUUUGCCUGUGCCGGCCAUAGAAUUAGAAUGGAUUAUAUUCAAAUGAUAUGGUUCUGGGUUAAAAAGGAGGGGGUUCCUAAAAAUUGACAGAGCAGACCUGAUCAAUAUCCAGUGUUGUGCAGAUUUGUUUUGUAUGAUACGAUGGAUAAGAUUAGUCUUAACUGGGAAACACCACUUACUGAGUUACGUUGGACAGUGUUUUCAACUUGGCAGUGCAUUGAAGGAACCUAAUAGGUCAUAUUCAAACUCAUAACGGUGUAAAGUACUGUAGUGAGAUUUAACUGUUAUUCAUUUUGUUGUAUUGUAUUGUACCCGCUUUUAAGUAAUGGCAAUUGAUUUCAAUGAAAGCCUUAUUUAAUAGUAUUAUGAAUAAGUAUUUUCUUAGUUGUGAUUAUGUACAAAGAUUAUGACAAUCUUUCAAAUUGUUAAUUUGAUUUAAGUGGUCUUAUGUAUCUUAAUGACUACAAUAAGUUAUAAAUAUUUUUAUGAAUUCUAUGUAAUUCAUAUGUUUUCAAUUCCUUCUCAAACUGACCAUAUUACUGUCUACCAUAUGUUUUGUCUGUUACAUCUAUGCAUGCAUUUCAUUAAGGUAGAUUUAAUGCAUUAUACUGUACUUGGCCCGGUUUCCCAAAAGCAUAUUAAUGCAAUUUUAUCGUUAGAACCAUAGAUGGUUCUAAUAUUAAUUUAGCUUUAAGAUGCUUUUGGGAAACCGGGCCCUGUACUGUAAGAAUACCUAUUUGAUAUUUAGGGUGCAAUGCCGUCCUUCAACUGUGCUGUCUACAUUAUUUCUAGCAAUGUAAACCAUGUAACCUGUAUUUGCACAGAACAAAACGAUUCAUUCUCGUUUAAUGUUACCAUAUCUUGCCGAGCUAGUAAACCUGCCCUUUGUUGUAAAUGUA